AUGGCAGUUGCACAGCUUUACUGGCAUUUGGCACCAAAAUCCGAAGCUGGUAUUGUUUCUAAGUCAUUGGUGCGUUUACUCCGUAGUAAUAGGGAGGUGCAGUAUAUUGUUCUGCAAAAUAUUGCCACUAUGUCAAUUCAGCGAAAGGGCUUGUUUGAACCGUAUCUGAAGAGUUUCUAUGUUAGAUCAACUGAUCCAACAAUGAUCAAAACACUGAAGCUUGAAAUCUUGACAAAUUUAGCAAAUGAAGCCAACAUAUCAACUCUGCUUCGAGAAUUUCAGACUUACGUGAAAAGCCAGGAUAAACAGUUUGCUGCAGCUACAAUUCAGGCCAUAGGCAGAUGCGCAACCAACAUCACCGAAGUGACUGACACAUGCCUUAAUGGCCUUGUAUGUUUGCUGUCCAACAGGGAUGAAAUCGUAGUUGCUGAAAGUGUUGUUGUCAUUAAGAAACUACUGCAAACUCAGCCAGCACAUCAUGGUGAAAUUAUUAAGCAUAUGGCCAAACUCUUGGAUAACAUUACAGUUCCAGUAGCCAGAGCCAGCAUUCUCUGGCUCAUCGGAGAGUACUGUGAACGAGUUCCAAAGAUCGCACCUGAUGUUUUGAGAAAAACAGCCAAGACCUUCACUAACGAAGACGACCUUGUGAAGUUGCAGAUCUUAAAUUUGGGUGCAAAACUCUAUUUAACAAACUCAAAGCAGACAAAAUUGCUUACCCAGUACGUAUUAAAUCUCGGCAAGUAUGAUCAAAGCUACGACAUCAGAGACCGUACAAGAUUUAUUAGGCAGCUUAUUGUUCCGAAUGAGAAGAGUGGAGCUUUAAGCAAAUAUGCCAAAAAAAUAUUUCUGGCACAGAAACCUGCCCCGUUGCUUGAGUCUCCUUUUAAAGAUCGGGAUCAUUUCCAGCUUGGCACCUUGUCUCACACACUGAACAGCCGAGCCACUGGCUACCUGGAGCUCUCUGACUGGCCAGAGGUGGCACCUGACCCCUCCGUCCGAAAUGUUGAUGUAGCUGAAUCGGCAAAGGAAUGGACUGGAAUUCUAGAUAAGAAAAGGAAAGAAAAACCUGCUGAAAAGUUCUACUCUGAAUCAGAAGAGGAGGAAGAUGAGUCUGACAGUAUCAGUGCAUCAGAAAGCGAAUCUGGCAGUGAAAGUGAGAAUGAAGAUAAGGAGGAAAGCACCGAUGAUGAGAGUAGUGGGAGUUCCUCUUCCAGUGGAGAUUCAAGUGAAAGUGAAUCAGACAGCAAAGAAAGUCUUGCAAAGGAAAGGUCUAGAGCUGCUACUGAAAGUGAUUCAGAGGAUAUUAAAAAGAAAGCAAUGGAGAUCUCCAAACAGAGAAGCAAAUCCAGUUCUUCUGAUACAGAGUCCAUUUCAACAGAUGAAAGUCUAUCAGAAUCUAAGUCAGAAUCAGACUCUAAAAGUGACUCUGAGUCUGGAAAACCUAGAAGUGCUGCCUCUAAUAAGAAAGAAGAAAAACCAGUUCAAGAUAGAAAAGCUCCAAAUAAACAAGAUAUGCUUCUUUUAGAUUUAGAUGAUUUCUGUCAUGUGACAACUCCUGUGGCAGUUCCUACAGUCACUGUUUUGCCGGCAAGUUUAGCGGCAGACCUAGAGGGAUUAAGCCUGUCGAGUUCAUCAGUCAUUGAUGUCACUACACAAGUCUCUGUGCCAACAAAAACACAUGAACUGCUUCAUCGAAUGAGUGGAAAAGGAUUAUCAGCUCAUUAUCACUUCUCAAGGCAGCCAGGCGUUUUUGGGGAUCGUAUGGUGUCUGUGCAAGUGACAUUAACAAACACAACUGAUCAGAAGAUAGAGAAUAUUCACAUCAAGGAGAAGAAAUUACCUCCAGGAAUGAGGAUGCAUGAGUUUAAUCCCAUAGAGUGCCUUGAGCCUGCAGGAUCCAUUACCGUUUCAAUGGGUAUUGACUUUUGUGAUUCUACUCAGACGGCCAGUUUCCAGUUAUGCACAAAUGAAGAUCAUUUCAAUGUUAACAUUCAGCCUCCUGUUGGAGAACUGCUUUUGCCUGUCACUAUGUCAGAGAAAGACUUUAAGAAGGAGCAAGGGAUGCUGACAGGAAUGAAUGAGACAUCUGCUACAAUAGCUGUUGCUCCACAGAGCUCUACUAGACUCGUAAUAAUCGAGAGGGUAGUGAAGGCAGCAAACCUUGGUGUCGUCCCUUCUGGUGAAGAUAACAUACACAGGUUUGCAGCAAAGACUGUGCACAGUGGGUCGCUGAUGCUAGUCACAGUGGAGCUGAAGGAAAGCUCUACAGCACAGCUCAUCAUAAAUACCGAGAAAACCGUGAUUGGUUCUGUUCUGCUGCGGGAGCUGAAGCCUGUCCUGUCCCAGGGGUAACCUGCUUACAUCUGGACUUCAGAAUCUGGCACACAACAAAAGUGCCUGGCAUCCACUACUGCUGCCUUUCAUUUAUAAUAAUAGCCCUUCCAUCUGGCAGUGGGGGAAGAAUACACUCUUGACAUUCUUGUCUUCUGCUUUAGAAUGCUAGUGUGUAUCUAUCAUGUAUGCAAGUCCCUUUCUUUUUUUUUCUGCUUGCUAACCAAAGAACGUACAUUUUACUGUCAGGUUUCUGCACGUUUAAAUGUAUAUCCCAUUUGUCCUACCCCAGUCCUUCCCUCUCUGCUCCCUUCCCCUGCUAUCUUUCUUCCCCAUCAGUUUUCCCCACUGUACUAGUGGACAAAUACUAGAUAAUGAAGUUCAAGGAAAAUCACACUGUUUGAAAGCUGAGUUAAAAUGUCAGGUAGGAUCCAGCAGCAUAUGCAACAGCUAUGUGGUUCGGAGAGGUUUUGUUGCAAAAGUAUAAAAACAUAAUGUGUAGAGC